AUGCACUUACUAUGUACAAUCUGCAGUGAUUUAUUAAACCAAUCUGAAAAUAUCUAUGUUAUCAAGUGUGGUCAUUUGUUUCACUAUCACUGUAUAAAUCAAUGGAUAAGCAGAUCGAAAUCAUGUCCUCAAUGUCGUAUCAAUGUAACAGAAAGGUGCAUGUUUAGGCUUUAUCCAACCAUUUCAAAUGAUGUUACUGUUGACGAUGUUACAACAUUGCAGUCAAGGCUGGAUGAUUUACAACUGCAAUUACGACAAGAAAAAACAAAAUGCAAAGAGAAAGAUAAUCAAAUUAAAGAAUUUAUUCUUAAUAUAAAAAAGAUAGAAGAUUCUCUGCAAAGUUCCGAAAAAAAGUUGGUUGAAAAAACAUCUGCUGUUAUAGCUUUGAAAGAUCAAUUAAAAUAUGUCCAAAUACAAAAUAAAGAGGUUCACAAACUAAAGUCUGAAAAUGAAGCACUCAAUAAAUAUGUCAAGACUUCAACUGAACUAAACAAAGUAUUGAAUGCGUGUUACGAUGAGGUGGAAAAAAUGAUAGAAGAUUACGACGAUAUACGGACUUUAGCCACAUUUGCAACGGCAUUGAAACGUGCAUUAUGUGAUUCAGAGAAAAAGAAAAACCAUUAUCGCGAUCAAGGACACCUGUUAAAGCAAAAGUUGGCAAGUGAAAAGGCUAGAGUGGAAACUCUUCAAAGAAAUUUAGACCAUAUGAUGUCACUCAAUGUUACGCUGACGUCACUCGAUGUACCAAAAUUGUCGAAAUUCGAAAGUAGUGCAGAACCCGAGAUUGCUGAUAGCUUCAAACGUGAAGUUGUGGCUCCAGUACGUUUGGUGAAUUCAAUAGAAAAAUCGGACUCACCAUACUUAUCGUUGAAGCAAAGUAGCCUUCCCUUAACCGCACUACAACGGCGACCGAAUCAACAAUUACUUGAUAAAAAUCUUAAGCCGUCAGAAUUUGCACUAUUCAACUCAAUAAAAAAGACCUGCCAAAACUUCAAAGAAAAAGAGAAAGAUAGCAUUUUCCACAAAAAGGAAAAGCCAGAAGUAAAUUUAUUGAAAGAAAAUGUAACCGAUAUGAACACUUCGUAUGAUGGACUUGGUGGUCAUUCUAAACUGGACAUAUUUCCACAGCCAAGUACAAGUAAUAUGACGCGUAUUCCCAAGCUGUCUGUGAAACAUAAGCUAAAACGACCUAAUAGUCAAGACGUAAACGAGGUACGAAUCAAUAAAUACUUCAAAAAGGUGUAA